AUGUGGGUGAUGAGAGCUACUUUGUAUUGUUCUCUCUUGUUUAUCUGUAAUGUGUCGUGUAAUGAUAUAAAAAUUAUAAAACAGACCGGAAUUUCUUCGCACCUUCAUCGCGACGCGAAAGAGUUGGUUGAAAUGUGUUUUGAGAGUAAUUCGAAUCCAGUUUUUAUCUCUGCGGAUCUACUAAGCAAAGAUUGGGAUCCAGGCGGUAAUUCGUGGGUUGUGAUUGACCAUAAAUUCCAGAAACAGGCUAUGGGCUUUAAUUCAGCUUAUCCAACAUACGUACUCUCAUUUGAGUCUAUUGGUUACUUGAAAGUAGCUAUUAACCAUUUUCGGAAAUCGACUGCAUGGAGCAUCAAGUCUCCAUUUUUGAUCGUUGAAAGAAAAUCAUCUUGUUUGAGUGCUGGAGAAAAGCAGGAUCUAUUGGCCGUCUAUUACCUGUGUAGUCAUCAAGAUGCGACGAUUGUUUUCACGUUGAAUCCAUUUGCAACCCACCCCCCAGCACCGUGGGUUUUUGUUCUCGAAUUCAGCGAUAAUAGAAAGAAAUCGACCCUUUACGCUAUGGAAUAUACAAAAGACAGCAAUAUUUGCAGAAAGUUAACUUUCGAUAAGACUAAAAAAUUGAAUGGUCAUGAGGAAAUGAAACAAAAAGGAUCAAUGACAGUAUACGAAACAUUAUCGCUGAUGGAAGCCAAGGACAACACAUGGUUUUUUUCUUCUUCGGCUAAAAUAACAUCUUUUAAAAACGGAUACUUUAGACAAUUAGCCGAUAAAACGAUUGAUGCUCUGGACAAAUCGUUCCAGCUAGCUGACACCAACUUCAAAUACAUGGAUAUUUUAACACGGUAUGACGUUAUUAGUUACUCAAUCCUAACGAAAAAAUCGAACUAUUUGACGACGAUCAGUCAAGUUGCUUGCAAUUAUCAAUUCCUGUUCCUAACAAUCAUCAUGUUAAUGUUGAUUGGGAUGAUAAUCAUAAUUAACAAUAAAUUUGACAUCAGUAGCGGUAUCUUGGAUGUUAUGAGUCUGACAGCAGGCAUGGGAGUGAUCACACCUCUUGACAGGUUGUCGAUGCGGAUAAUUUACAUCUUCGGGUUCUUAUUUGUCUUCACUGUAAUGCCUGAAUUCCAAGGUCAGGUGUCUGCUAUACUGUCGGAACCGUUGAGGCGCAACGUCGAGUCAUUAAAAGACCUUCAUGACAACAACUAUCAUGUUUACUUCGAUGCAAAAUUAGUGAGAGACAUAGUCAAAGAAAAAUUGUGGGUAACUGAUGAGGACAUGCAGUACUUGCACCCAUCUAAUUAUUCUGAGCUAAACAAAUGUGCGGUCGAGGCGGAGUUUAACUCUACGGUUGCUUGUAUUUUAUUUCGUAGUACACAACAAUGGUAUGCAUCGAUAACAACGAACUUGCAUGUAUCAAGAGACGUUAUUUUCGAAAAGUAUUUCGUCAAUUGGGUCAGAAAAGAUUGGAGUCUUAAAGACAAGCUUGAUAGAGUCAGUUCUUGGACGACUGAAUUAGGGUUCCAUUAUGGUCGGUUAUCUCAAAGUUUUAAGUAUUAUACAAAAAAACUCAGAGAUAUCAAACGGAUUGAAGAGCGAGCUAGUUUUGAAUUUAUUGAUUUCGAUACCUUAAUAUUGAGCUACAUGAUCGUUCUUGGGCUUUCAAUAUGGGGACUGGUUGCCUUCGGGCUAGAGCUGCUUUUUCACAAUUAUGAAAAACGUCGCAGGCAAACUCUGAUCAGAAGACGAUUUCGUAUGGAACUCAGAUCGCAGUUGAGGAAUGUUUCUUCUAUUGAGCAGAUUAUUCCGUCCAACCCUAGAACCUCUUUUGGUGGUUAA